UCGCCUGGCUGCCGCUAACAUGAUAACUUAUUGCCAUGUAGCGUUGUAUUAGCUAGUGUUUCACGUCUAAAUAAGCUCUUACAUCUUGUUUUCUCAUUUUGUCGUGUCAGAGGUCUUUAAUAAUGUUGAGUUCUACAUGGAAUUUCAUCAAACGCCAUAAGAGAAAAUUCAUCUUUACGGGUGUUUUUGUUGGAGGUGUAUAUCUGCUUGGUAAAUAUGCACAGAGGAAAAUUCAGGAGAUACAAGAGCGAGAGGCAGCAGACUACAUUGCUCAAGCUCGGAGACAGUUUCAUUUUGAAAGUAACCAGAGGACAUGUAACAUGACUGUGUUAUCAAUGCUUCCUACUCUAAGGGAGGCAAUCAUACAUCAUUUGAACUCGGAGAGCCUCACCUCUUUGCUGAAGACCAAGCCAGCAAAUAAGCUUGAAAUCUGGGAGGAUCUGAAGAUAAUUAGUUUUACUCGCAGCAUUGUGGCGGUUUAUAGUACUUGCAUGUUAGUGGUGUUGCUCCGAGUUCAGCUCAACAUAAUUGGUGGCUAUCUGUACCUGGAUAACUCUGUAAUGAAAAAUGGAACGACAGCCUUAGCCCCUCCUGAUGUUCAGCAGCAAUAUCUGUCAAGUAUUCAGCACCUACUUGGAGAAGGGCUAAUUGAACUGAUAACUGUGGUGAAGAAAGCUGUCCAGGAAGUUCUUGGAAUGGUGUCUCUGAAGCAGAGUUUGUCUCUGCAAGAGUUGGAACAACAGUUAGCUCAGAUCAGACAGUUGGUGGAGGAGGGGUGUGCUUCCUCCAAACACAAAACUCUUUCCUGGUACAUGAUUCCUGAUGAAGAGAACACAUUAGCAUCACAGGCCUGUGGUCUCACAGAGAAUGAUAUCACCACAAUAAAGCUGCUCAAUGAAACCAGAGACAUGCUUGAAAGUCCAGAUUUCAAUACUGUUCUUCGUACAUGUUUGAAUCGAGGCUUCAUCCGAUUCAUUGACAACAUGGCAGAGUUCUUCCGGCCCCAACGUGGAGACUCCACCCCCUGUAGCUCACCUGAUAGAUUGUCGCAUGUAAGCCUCCCAGUAGCCAAAAUCAUUCCCAUCAUCAACGGACAGAUACAUUCCAUAUGCAGUGAGAUACCAAGUCACUUUGUCCAGGAUCUUUUGAUGAUAGACCAGGUGAAGGAGUUUGCCGCCAAUGUAUAUGAAACAUUUAGCACCCCCCAAGAACUUAAGAAGUGAGCAUGGAAGUGAGCAAGACAUGGACUUGUGUAAAAAAAAAAAAAUGGAACUCGUUACAAGUUCACUUCAAACAGAGACUCUCGUGUGGUGCAGCACAGAAUUCCUCUCUUCACAUACCCUGUUCUAAAAUUGACCUGGGGAAAGGAACUGACGGCUGAUCUGAGAAGCAAGUGUGUAAUAUGGAGUUCACAUCCACUGUUUAGUAAGCAUUUAGUAAGGGGUAGACUCAUGAUCUGCUAGCUGUCCUAUCUGUCUGUCGUGAGUGACCCUCCCCUAACCAAACUGGAUAAUAAUAGCAAAUAACUGUCAAUAAUGUCCCAGGCAUGCCAAUGUUUUUAAAGGCUAUAACGAAGUAUAAUUUUAUGUUUUUAAUAAAUGUAGCUUAAUCUCAUAGAACUCUCACAAAUGUUGAGCGCUAAAAGUUCCUAUUUGAAUGAUUAUCCCUGCAUUCACACCUGCAAUAUGGACUUCAAAAGGAAAAAAAUCUGUAGAAUAAGUGUUUAUUAUGAACAUUGUAGGUAUUAUAUAUUUGAAUCUGAUGAUGCAGCCCUUCAACACCAUCUAAAGGACCAAAACACAGUUAUGUCCACCUCUCCAACAACAUCAAUGCAUGAUGUUUUGCACUGCUGCUGUUUAUCUUUACAUCUCAUUAACAGCACUAUGGAUGGGGUGGAUGGAUGAUGUAUUUUGCAGACUAUUUGGAUGUAGCAUGAGUAUGCUACUCCUUUUGAAAGAUGACCUAUGAAUGUUCAUUUUAAUAAAAAUGUGAUUAGUAAUACCGGAACUAUUCAUUAAAAUGCCACUCAAUUUGAUUAAAAAACAGUUGGUAUGGUAUGUUUUUAGCAAGCAGACUCCUGUCUUACAGCUAAAUAAAACUAGGUUGCCAACAUAGCUGACCGAUUGAGGACCAUUUACACUCACUGAAUUGGGGACACGUGUACAGCUACUUAUUAGUGUGAUUAUCUAAUCAGUCAAUCAUGUGGCAGCAGUGCAAUGCAUAAAAUCGUGCAGGUACGAGUCAGGAGCUUCAUUUAAUGUUCACAUCAACCAUCAGAAUGGGGAAAAAAUCUGAUCUCAGUGAUUUCGACCGUGGCAUGAUUGUUGGUGCCAGACUGCCUGGUUUGUUUAUUUCUUUUAACUGCUGAUUUCCUGGGAUUUUUAGGAAUAACAGUCUCUAGAGUUUACUCAAAAUGGGUGCAAAAAUAUCCAGUGAGUGUCUGUUCUGUGGAUGGAAACUCCUUGUAGAUGAGAGAUAUCAACGGAGAAUGGCCAGACUGGUUCGAGCUGACAGAAAGGCCACGGAAACUCAGAUAACCACUACAAUUGUAGUGAGCAGAAUAGCAUCUCAGAAUGCACAACACAUCGAGCCUUGAGGUAGACAACAGCUGAAGACUAUGUUUUGCGCUUUAUAAAGACUCUAGUGUUCCUAAUAAAGUGAGUGUACAUCCUGUAAGAAAAUGUGUGGCACCAAUCAUGUAUUUUCAAGAAUGCAAACUGUAUGUGCAAUAUUAAUGGUACAGUAGGCCUAAUAGUCACUUUACAUGCAAGAGCAUGUUACACAUAUUUCAUGUUACAAAAUAAUUACACAUUUUAACAUCACUAUAAUUGUAGCCAAUGAACACUAUUACUGUCAUGUAAAUUGUAACUAUACCCUUUCACCUGUAAUUAUGAUACACACCUGGUGGUUGCCAUGGUUGUAGCAUACUGAGUGUACAGUGCAUCCGGAAAGUAUUUACAGCGCUUCACUUUUUCCACAUUUUGUUAUGGUUACAGCCUUAAUCCAAAAUGGAUUAAAUUCAUAAUUUUCCUUAAAAUUCUACAAACAAUACCCCAUAAUGA